UGAGAGAAAAUCACCGAGACUGGGGUGCUAGCGUGGCCCGGAAGUGCCUGUGGUUGCCUCGCUUCGGCUCCGCAGAGCCCGCUACGGGAGUUCCGCGUGCGGCCUUCUUCGGUCUCGGCUGCCGAACGCUUGGAGCCGGUGUUCCCUCCUGCAUCCCUCACGCGGCAACAGCCAGACUCGGGCUCGCCAGGAAUUCCCUGAAAAAGCAAACACCCCAGCUGGAGUGAGCCCCCUCAUGAACUAUUCCAACUCAGAAUGGAUACAGGAACCAGGGAUGCUACAACCUUGGACUACCAGGUUCCUAAAGAACAGUUAGGGCUUCUGGCAGUGAAGAUGGAAGAAGAGGAGGGUCGCAGCUAUGUACAGAAAUCUAGUCUACACAGAAGCAGUUCCUCCAACUGGGAGAUAUCUAGGCAUCGUUUCAGGAAUUUUUGCUACCAAGAUACCCCUGGGCCCCGGGAGGCUCUGAGUCAGCUAAGGGAGCUUUGCUGCCAAUGGCUGAGGCCAGAAAGUUGUACAAAAGAACAGAUCCUGGAAAUGCUGGUGCUGGAACAAUUCCUGAGUAUCCUACCUGAAGAGCUCCAGUCCUGGGUUCUGAACCAUCAUCCAGAGACUGGAGAAGAGGCAGUGAGCCUGUUGGAAGAUUUGGAAAAAGAGUUUGAUGAAUCAGGACAGCAGGUCCCAGCCAGUAUACAGGGAAAGGAAGGGCUCUGGAACAAGAUGACUCCUCAGAGCUCUGCCCAGGAAUCCCAGUGGAGUAUACAGCUCCAGCCUGUGGAGACCAAACUUAAGUGUGAAUCUCAGGAACUCCACUCCCUCCAAGAGAGAGCUCUUCAAGUUCCUGCCUGCUUCCCAAAAGAAAGCUAUAAAGACCUGGAAACAGCAGUUGUGCUUCCCACUCCGAGGCUUCAGGGGUUGCUGAAGAUGGAAGAUAAAGCCUUGUCUCUAACCUCUGAUGAGUGGGGACCCCUGGAGUCAUCUGAAAUUAACCUCUGUAGAGGUGAUAGUCAGGACAAUUAUGGGGAUAUGGUCUCCUUGGAUGGUGAACUAAGGAUGGAUAUCAGAGAAUCGAUUCAAAAACAAGAACUUCCUGAGGAAUUGCACCCAUCUUGUCAGCUUAGUGGAGAAGUUCCCAAGGGUCUAGAGGGUGGAGAGUCUGGUGAACAAGAAAGCAGGUUAGAAAAAAAACAGAGAAACACUACAGGAAGAAGACAAUAUAAAUGUGAUGAAUGUGGGAAGUGUUUCGCUCAGAGUUCAGGUUUGAGUAAGCAUAGGAGAAUCCACACCGGUGAAAAACCUUACGAGUGUGAUGCAUGUGGAAAAGCCUUCAUUGGGAGUUCAGCCCUUGUUAUACACCAGAGAAUCCACACUGGAGAAAAACCUUAUGAGUGUGAAGAAUGUGGAAAAGCCUUCAGUCACAGCUCAGAUCUUAUUAAACAUCAGAGAAUCCACACAGGAGAGAAACCCUAUGAAUGUGAUGACUGUGGGAAAACUUUUAGUCAAAGCUGCAGCCUUCUUGAACAUCACAGAAUCCAUACUGGGGAGAAACCUUAUCAAUGUAGUAAAUGUGGAAAAGCUUUCAGGCGGAGUUCACAUCUUCUCAGACAUCAGAGAAUCCACAUUGGUAAUAGAUUUUUUCAUGAUCCUGAACAUAGGGAAACCUGUGAAGGUAAGGAAGAGAUGGAAACACAGUGGAGAAAUCUUGAAGGACAAGAACUAUAUAAAUGUGUGGCAUGUGAGAAAAAUUUUACUGGGAUCACAAGUUUUAUUGAACAUCAGAGAAUCCAUGCAGGAGAAAAACCUUAGUGUAAUGAGUGUAGAAGAGCUUUUAAUCAGAAUUCCUACCUUAUUAAACAUCAAAGAAGUCACAGUAGACAAAAGCCUCUAUCAGUGUUACCAGUUUAUCAGCAAAGAGCUAAAAGAAGCAGUCAGGAGUGUUUGGCUGGGAUUAUGGGAGAGGAGAAUAACUCAGCAUUUGCUUAUCUGCCCGAGCCUCUGAUGGAUACAAAAUUAAGGGAGGUUGUAGCCCUGGGUGUGCAGGCUCUAGUGGGCCAGGAAGGUUUGCUUACGGUGAAAAUGGAGGAAGAGGACCACUGCAGGGGCCAAGAAUUCAGCCUGGAAGGAAACAAUCCCCAGGAAAGAGAAUGCUUCCGUCAACGCUUCCGUCAACUCUGCUAUCAGGAGACACCAGGCCCCAGGGAGGCCCUGAGUCAGCUCCAGAUAUUUUGCCAUCAGUGGUUGAGACCAGAAAUGCAUACUAAGGAACGGAUCCUAGAGCUGCUGGUGCUGGAACAGUUUCUGACCAUCCUUCCUGAAGAACUCCAUACUUGGGUGCAAGAACAUCAUCCAGAGAGUGGAGAGGCAGCAGUGAUUCUGUUGGAGAAUUUGGAAAGAGAGCUUGAUGAACCAGAUCAUCAGGUGGGAAGAGGGAGAGGAGUUCUGCUGUGUGGAGAAGAAGAUGGUGUGACCAGCAUUGAGAACAUGGAGUCGACACUAAAGCAGGAAUAUAUUAAGGCUGUGGAACCACACAGGGAAGUAUCUGGUGGAUUAAAUUUGAAUGCUCACCAUGGCCCCAAGUAUGGAGAAGAAGUUCAGGACUUUUUAAUCAUCAGGAAUCCACAACAUACAAAACGCUAUCAGUGUAAGGAAUGUGGAAAAGCCUUCAGUCAGAGUGCAGGACUUAUUCAACAUCAGAGAAUCCACAAUGGAGAUAAACCCUAUCAAUGUGGCCAGUGCAGUAAAAGCUACAGUCGGCGCUCCUUCCUUAUUGAGCAUCAGCGAAGUCACACUGGAGAAAGACCCCACAGAUGCAAUGAAUCUGACGAGCCCACUGAGAGUCUUAGAGAGGAAAGGGAAGUGACGGCUUUUCCCUGGACAUCCCACUGGAGAAGUCAAAACAGUAAAAAUCUUCCUACUAGUGUACUUUUCUCUGGCAACCUGAGUGUCGUGGAUGCCGAGGGGUUUGUGUCAUUCUAUCCAGACGCCCCAGUCCACUUCCAAGCUCGCAGCGUGCUGCUGAGCCAGGCCUCGUUCCCUGCAGUGGAUGCAGCCCUGGGGCGGGCAAUUAAUCGGGCCUCACACUCUUCAUAUGGACAGGAAGUGUUUUCAAAGAUGGUGACUCCUGAACUGCUCCAUGAUGUGUUAAGUGUCCAGUUUAAGCCAAGGAAGAUCCAACCUAAGUCUGACUCUCAGGAAGUCCACCCCCAGCAAGAUGGUGAAACCAGAAUUGAGAAUGGGAAGCUGAUUACAAAGAAAGAUAUUUCAGCAGACACCCUCAAUAGGGACAUUCUUCAGGGUUCUGAUUGCAGAGAAGUCUCUGAAUUUGAGGAGGAAGGGAAUUCCUUAGGUAAAAGACAAUAUAAUUAUAAUCACUGUGGGCAGAAUUUUGCUUGGAACUCAGGCCUUAUCAGGCAUCAAAGAAUUCACAGUUUGGAAAAACCUUAUGAAUGUGAGGAGUGUGGAAAAAUCUUCCAUGUGUGUUCAGCCCUUUUUAUACAUCAGAGAAUCCACACUGGGGAGAAACCCUAUCCAUGUAAUUGGUGUAGUAAAAGUUUUAGUCGGAGCUCUGACCUUAUUAAACAUCAAAGAGUUCAUACUGGGGAGAAACCUUAUAGAUGUGAAGAGUGUGGGAAAGCCUUCAGCCAGAGCUCAGAUCUUAUUCUACAUCAGAGAAUCCACACUGGAGAAAAACCUUAUCAGUGUGACCAGUGCAGUAAAAGUUUUAGUCGGCGCUCAGAUCUUGUUAAACAUCAAAGAAUUCAUACCGGGGAGAAACCUUAUCCAUGCAACCAAUGUGGCAAAGGUUUUAGCCAGAGUUCAGAUGUUAUAAAACAUCAAAGAAUCCACACUGGGGAAAAACCAUAUAAAUGUGAUGAGUGUGGAAAAGCUUUCAGCCAGAGCUCAGAUCUUAUUCUACAUCAGAGAAUCCACACUGGGGAAAAACCGUAUCAAUGUAAUCAGUGUAAUAAGAGUUUUAGUCAGAACUCAGACCUCAUUAAACAUAUAAGAAUCCAUACUGGAGAGAAACCUUAUAAAUGUAAUGAGUGUGGGAAAGCCUUUAAUCAGAGCUCAGUCCUUAUUUUACAUCAAAGAAUCCAUACUGGGGAGAAACCCUAUCCAUGUAGUCAUUGUAGCAAAAGCUUUCGUCGACUCUCAGACCUUAUAAAUCAUCAACGGAUUCAUACUGGGGAAAGACCUUACCCAUGUAAUCAAUGUAGUAAAAAUUUUAGUAGGCGAUCAGACCUUAUUAAGCAUUAUAGAACCCACACUGGGGAGAAACCUUAUGAAUGUGAUAAAUGUGGGAAAACUUUCAGUCAGAGCUCUAAUCUUAUUCUGCAUCAGAGAAUCCAUACUGGAGAAAAACCCUAUUCUUGUAACCAAUGUAGUAAAAAUUUUAGUCGUCGCUCAGACCUUAUUAAACAUCAGAGAAUCCAUACUGGGGAAAAACCAUAUAUGUGUAAUUAUUGUGAUAAAAGUUUUAGUCAGAGCUCAGAUCUCACUAAACAUCAGCGAAUCCACACUGCAAAGAAGUCCUAUAAAUGUGAAGAGUAUGGAAACGUCUUCAGCCAGAGCUCAGACCUCAUUCUUCAUCAGAGGAUCCACACAGAAGAGAAACAAUGUCAAUGUAAUCAAUGCCACAAAAGUUUUAGUCAAAACUCAGAUUUUAUUAAACAUCAACGAAUACACCCUGGAGAGAAUCCCUACAGGUGCAGUGAGUGUCAGAAAACCUUUACUCAGUGCUCAGCCCUCAUUCUUCAUCAGAGAAUGCACAAUGAAAAGAAAUCAUAUGUAUGUAAUCAAUAUAGCAAUAGUUUUAAUCUUUACCCUAACCUCAUUCAUCACCAGAAAACCCAAAGGGGAAAAAUCUUAUAAAUGUGUGGAAUGUGGAGAAGCCUUCAGUGUAUGUAUGAGACUUACUGAACAUCAGAAAAUCCACAUUGGAGUGAAACCCUAUGAAUGUAAUAAGUGAAGCAAAAGUCUUAUUAAUCAUAAAAUGGAGAGAGAAGCCUUAUAAAUGUAGUCACUGUAUAAGCCUUCAGUAUAUCUGCAAAUGUUUUUCAACACAAGAGAAUCCACACUGAAGAACUCUAUUAAUGUUAUGUGUGGGGAAAGUCUGUAAUCAGAACUCAGCCCUCAUUCUCCAUUUGUGAAUACACAGUGGGGGGGCAAUUUUAUUCUUGCAAGGAAUGUAGAAAAAUCUUAGUUAGGGCUCAGAUCUUUUAUAAACAUCAAAAAAUACACAUGGCAGACCCCAUGAAAGUGAUGAAUAGGGACAGAAUAAAAGCUAUUUAAUGUUAUAUAAUUUGAAAUAGGGAGAAACUCCUAUCUAUGGUGUCAUUGUAAUAAGAAUUUUAAUCAUACUAUUGCACAUUAUGGCAUCCACAAAAGAGAAGAAUCUGUGUAAGGAAUGUGGGAAAGCUCUUAGAUAGUAUUCUUCCCUUAUUAAAUGUCCCAGAAAUUACAAUUUAAAAAAAACUUAAUGAGAGAAAGUAUUUAGCAAAAGUUCAGGCUUACUUAUCAUCAGAGAAGACCCAAUAAAGACAGCCCCUAAUUUAAUUCAUUAAAUAAAUUUUAAGGAACACAUUCCCCAUUUAAUAUUGAGAAGGUAUACUGGAAACUUGGAAAAAAUUUAAUCACUAUUGAAUUAUGCUUUUAGUAUAGUGAUUUUCCUGCUCCAUGAAAUCUUGAGAGUCCUAGCCAUAUAUUGGGAAGCUGUCCCAAUAUGUUCUCAUGUGUGGAUAUGCUAUACUUUGUUUCCAUUAUUGUCACAUCUAUGGGAUUCAGUUUUCUCUCAGAGGUUCCUCUUUAACCAUUUUUCACUUAUAUAUCUACCCAUGACAGUGAUAUGUGAGCAAGUGAAUCCCUGUAUGAGAGAGCAAAAGUAGGAGGCAGGCACUUAAUACAGUGGAAUGAGGAAGAUGAAUUCAAAUACAGCCUCAGACAAAUUGUGUGACCUUGAGCAAGUCAUUUAACCUCUUUGCUUCAGUUUCCUCAACUGUAAAAUGAGUAUAAUACCUCACCUACCUCUCAGGGUUGUUGUGAGGAACAAAUGAGAUAAUAUUUGUAAAGCUCUUAGCACAGUGCAUGGCACAUAGUAGGUGCUAUAUAAAUGCUAGCUAUUAUUAAAGAUAGAUAUUUUUAAAUCUGCAGUGGAGCACAGGCACUUUUCAAAAACUUAUAAUGUAGGGGCAGCUAGGUGGCGCAGUGGAUUCAGGGGGACUUGAAUUCAAAUCCAGCCUCAGACAUUUGACACUUACUAGCUGUGUGACCCUGGGCAAGUCACUUAACCCCAA